AUGCACCUCUGUGGGGGCAAUGGGCUGCUGACCAGGACGGACCCCGAGGAGCAUCAGAGGCUGAAGAAGAAACAGAAGAACCGCGCAGCGGCCCAGCGCAGCCGGCAGAAGCACACGGACAAGGCGGAUGCCCUGCACCAGCAGCACGAGACCCUGGAGAAGCAAAACCAUGUGCUGCGGAAGGAGAUCCAGGCCCUGCAGGCCGAGCUGGCGUGGUGGAGCCGGACCCUGCACACACAUGAGGGCAUGUGCCUCGUGGACUCUGCCACCUGCUUGGCUCCAGUGACCCCUGGCGGCUGGGGCCAGACGGAGCGGCCACCGUACCCCAUGUUCCAUGAACAACACGACUGCCAGGAGCCAUUGGGCCUGUUCCAGACCCCAGUCUCCUCUCCCUCGGCUCACCGGCUCUCUCCAGAUCUGCAGCCUCACAGUUCGCCUGGCCUCCCCCUGUCCCCUCUGCCCUCUCUGUCCCUCGGCUCUACCAAAGUUACCACACCUCCUGCCCAGCCGUCCCCCAGCCUUGUCCAGUCAGCCUCACCCCUUGGCUCCAGCCUUCCAAGCCCUUCCUCUGAGCUCGACACCCUACUGCCCAGCACCCCAGCCCUAUGUGGCCCUCUACAACCCCUUGUGAUGGAGCACCCCACCAGCGGGAAGCUGGGGUCCUCCCCUGACAACCUCUCAGUGGCUCUGGGGCUGGCCUGCCUGCAGGGUAAGGAGCACAAGCCUGUGGUGCUCUCAACUGCACAUCAGCUCGGGCUGGGUGUGGAUCCCAGCCCCCACCCCCUCUUGGCCUUCCCCCUGCUCUCCUCUGCUCAAGUCCACUUCUAACGCAUCCCUGGGAGCUGAGCUAGCCCCUUCCUUGGGCUGAAGUAGCAGCCUUAGCACACAGGCAUCUCCUCGUCUUCCAUUGGAGGUUGCCUUUCUUGGCUGACCAGCUGGCCCACCAUUU